GUCAGAUGCUGCUGCUGCAUACAGGCGCAGUAGAUGCUCAGAUGCCCGGUCUUCAUCGCUAGACUUUAGCAGGACAUUUUUCGUCGUUUCCUUUUUCGGUAUAUUGCUUGGUUUUGAUUAGUUUCGUCCAUCGUUGAGCGAUUGUUAAGGAUUUAUAAAUACCACCAUAACGGUUGUGAACGGCCAUGAUUUAAAUGAGGUGGCACACCUUUACAUGGGAGUGGCGUGGAAUAUUUGCAUUAUUUAUCGGAAGACGGUUCUUCUUGUUUUAUUAUUGUUAGUAGUACAUUUGACGUGUAGCCACAAUGGAUAAGGAUAUAAUUAAUUUGAGCUUGUGGAAUGCCUUGCCGAGCUAAACAUUUUGUUCGCAAAGCUGUGUGAAUGAGUAGGCUAUUAGCGCAUACAUCCAGCCAACUGUAACCUUCAAGCUAACGUCAAUGACAGCUAGCAGUUAGCUGGUUUGCGUUGGUGGAUAGGGGACUUCUGCGGGAUUUUCAUCGCCCGUCAGCUGCGCGUUUGCAGAGGGAUGCAUGAACAUGCUGCAUUAAAACAAGAAACGAAGGAAUCACACGUGAAGAGCCGACAGGGCGCUGCUGAUUCUGAACAGCUCGUGACGAGACAUCGCGCAUAGUGCCACGCGCAGAGAGGGAUUUCAUUCAUCCACUAAACAUGGCCUCUGCAGUCAGCAACCUUGCUGCAUCCAUCGCCAGCAAAACCAAAAAGAAACACUUCGUGUCUCAGAAGGUGAAGUUGUUUCGGGCCAGCGACCCGCUCCUCAGCGUGUUGAUGUGGGGAGUGAACCACUCGAUAAAUGAACUCGGCCACAUCCAAAUUCCUGUUAUGCUAAUGCCUGAUGACUUCAAAGCCAACUCUAAGAUCAAGGUGGACAAUCACCUCUUCAACAAAGAGAACAUGCCAAGCCAUUUCAAGUUUAAGGAGUACUGUCCUCUAGUCUUCCGCAAUCUGAGGGAGAAGUUCUCCAUCGAUGAUCAGGAAUAUCAGAACUCUCUGACACGCAGGGCCCCAAUUCCCAGUGACGCUCAGGGCCGCAGUGGAGCUCGUUUCCAUACCUCAUACAACAAGAGAUAUCUUAUCAAGAUCAUCACCAGUGAGGACGUAGCUGAGAUGCACAACAUUCUGAAGAAGUACCACCAGUAUAUAGUGGAGUGCCAUGGCAACACGCUGCUCCCUCAGUUUCUGGGCAUGUAUCGCCUCACUGUGGAUGGAGAUGAGACCUACAUGAUCGUCACUCGCAAUGUUUUUAGCCACCGGCUGCCUGUUUACAAAAAAUAUGAUCUAAAGGGAUCCACAGUGGCCAGAGAGGCUAGUGACAAAGAAAAGCCACGCCAACCUGAGGAGGGGGCUCCAUCCAAAUCUCGCAUGAGCCAAAAGCUACAAACCAUCCGGAUUGCCACACGCUUUUACUGCGCCAUAAGACACACUAAGGAGCUUCCAACUUACAAAGACAAUGACUUCAUCAAUGAUGGCCAGAAGAUCCACAUUGAUGAGGAGAACAAGAAAAUGUUCCUGGAGAAGCUGAAGAACGACGUAGAGUUCCUUGCCCAGCUGAAGCUGAUGGACUACAGUCUGCUGGUGGGGAUCCAUGAUGUGGAGCGAGGGGAGCAGGAACAGCCCGAGGAGGAGAGUGAAGACAAUGACGCUGGGGAGGAGGAGGGGACAGAAAGUGAUGGAGGGGCCACCGGCUCCCCUCCAGAUAGCCCCAGUAACACACUAGACAGCAGUAGGCCUCUGGGCCCAGGAGAGUUUGACCCCACCAUCGAUGUGUAUGCCAUCAAGAGCCAUGAAAGUGCUCCUAAAAAAGAGAUCUACUUCAUGGCAGUGAUUGACAUCCUCACUCUGUAUGAUGCCAAGAAGAAAGCAGCCCAUGCGGCAAAGACAGUCAAACAUGGGGCAGGGGCAGAGAUCUCAACAGUUAACCCUGAGCAAUAUUCAAAGCGAUUAUAUGAUUUCAUCACCACCAUCCUGUCCUAACUGCUGCCUAAGGAGGGAAUGAAGUGGUGGAUGCAGUGAAAAUGAAGAGAAACAGGUGGUUACAUGUGCUCUGCUGGAAAAAGUUUCUCUCCCGCUUGUCAUGAGGAUCACGCUUGAGAUAUAUCAAGAUCUUUUUUGUUUACAAUCUCUUUUUCUUCUCUGUUAUUUAUUCUUUUUCAGUAGGUUUAUGGCUCUGUCAUUAAUAAGGGAUACAUUUGAUAUAGUAAUGUGUUAUAUAUAUAUACCAUUUUGUACCUUGUGUUGGAUGUUGUUGAUUGAGAAAUCGAGUGAUGUUGUUUGUGCCCAGCUACGUGGUAUAAUUAUGAGACUGGAAUUCUCAAAGCUGCUUAAUUUUUUUUACCCUUAUAUUUUCUGCAAAUAUAUUUUUUUUUCUCAAUUAAAAUGUCCAGAUAAAAUAAAAUAGUUCAAAGAUAUGUCUAUCUCUAAAAUAAAUUGGCCCUGAUAGCUUUUUAUGAGAGUAAGAAUACAAAUUAAUUGGAGCAUAUUUUUUUUGAAAGUUUAGCACUAUUGCUACACUUUAGCUGCAGGCAGUACCUUUAAAUCAGAUACAUUUUUCUAUCUGUUUACUAAGCGUAUGUAACAGUGGGUUUAAAAGGAUGCAACUUCAGGUUCAACUUCAGAAUUCAUAGUUAAGCUCCAAUCAGCCAAUUAGAUUUAGAUUAGCUGCCUGCUGUGCAGUGUAAUGUCUUGCACAGGAGCUCAAUAUUUGCAAUUGACUCCGACAAUGUUUAUCAAAAAAACUUUUGUCUAGCCACUGUUUUUGCACAUGAUCUAAUGCACCCAUAUGUUUAUGAAAAUGAUUACAGUUUUACCACUGACUCGCAGAGGGUCAAGCAAUAGUAGUGAUUCAUAGAAUGUGUUAAGCACCUGAUGGGUUACAUGUGCAUUGCCACUUUUGUAUCCCUAGAGAAAGAACAAAACGUUGCCUAUUUUAUGUCGUUUAGCUGUUGAGAGAACAUAUUAUGACAAUGAAGCAUAUUUUGUACCUCCCUUUUUUACAGUAAUUUGCAAGUUUACAAUGGGCCAUUCUCUAAGUGAGAGAAUGUAAUUGUGCUGGCGCUAUUUUGAUGCUUGAAUCUGUGUACUGUGUUUUUAGCUGCACUGUAAAGAGGGAGAGAAUGCUGCCUAACUCUAGGUCUUACUGUUGAUAUUUCUCUCUCUCUCUCUCUCUCUCUCUCUCUCUCUCUCUCUCUCUCUCAUCAUUGUUGAAACUUUGUGUGAUCCCAGAGACCUU